GGAACAGUGGAGGCAAAAAAAAAAAAAAAAAAAAUUCCGAACUGCACCAUGCGCCUCCACUGAGUAGGUUUGGAUUAAUCACCGGAAAGUCGUUUGUACUCAGACUCUAUUAAAUUAUGACAACGCCCUCCACACUGGACCAUACACGUUAUGUUUGUACUUUUUCUGUGUGUUUUUAUGGAUAAGCAUCGCCGUCGUUGACAGCCUGUAAUGACGCUUCUCAACUACACAGAUGGAUUAAGAAAUCCAGCAAGUAUGGAGGUGUGAAUCGGAUUGGAGCAUUUUUUUAACAUCCUGGUGGAGCUACAUUUUUCAUGUGGUGCUUUACAGACAUCAGCAUUUUAACUGAAGCUAAAUGAUGGCAUCACGGUGGGUUCCUUCUUGUGAAGACGAUGAGAGGCAACGAGCAAGAUCUUCUUUCUGUGAGAGUGACACUCCAGAGUGGAGGAGCUUGGCUGAUUCGGCCGCAGCGCCGUACCCAACAGAUGACGAGCCAUUCUCAUGGCCGAGGCCGAAAACUGUGCGUUUGCAUCGCACAUCCCAAGGCUUCGGCUUCACCCUUCGACACUUCAUUGUGUACCCGCCGGAGUCAACGCUGCACUACUUUCCGGAGGAAGAUCAUGGCCGCAGAGCAGGAAGGCAGCGAAAUAGACUGGAACCAAUGGACACUAUUUUUGUGAAGCAGGUCAAGGAAGGUGGCCCUGCUCAUGGCGCUGGACUUUGCACAGGUGAUCGAAUAGUGAAGGUGAAUGGAGCAAGCAUCAUUGGGAAAGCUUAUUGCGAGGUUAUAUCUUUGAUCCAAGACAGUGGUGACUUCCUUGAACUUUGUGUAAUGCCAAAAGAUGAGGAUGUACUGCAACUGCCUAUUUCUCUGGAGACUACUAAUCUGGCCUACUCCCAGGAUGCCUACCUCCGUGGCCACAGUAGCUACAGGGGAAAUGCCUGUCACAUUCCUGAUCCACCUUCAGUAUGCUACCCCAGAGUAGACUGUAAGCCUACGGGCAUGGCCCAGCCGACAGACUCGGUGGGGCAGGUCUGCCGAGCGCCAACAGCACCUCCAGACCAUGGGUACCGUAAGGAGAUUACUGUGCCCCCAACACCACCUCUGGCAUCGUAUCCUAAGAGCCAAACAGCAGUGUGCAUGCGCAAUGACAGUGUGAGGACAGUGGUAGUUCCUCAUAAUACAGCCCAUAUGGGGCGCAUGGUUCCAGCACACAGGAUGGAAUUUAUGGAACCUGCCUUUGUUAGGGGGAGGCCUGGGUCACUGGCCCAGUAUCCUCAACCUCGAAAGGCAGAUGUCUAUCCCGGUGGUCCUGGAAUGGUUCCAUAUGGAGCUCAGGUGUCAAACUACCCAGGAAACCACCAGAGCAUUGAUUGGCGCACUUACCAGACAUACAGGGAGUACAUUGACAACAAAGGGAUCCAUUCUCAUGGUAGUCGGACUAUCCAGGAGAGGCUGGACAGUUUACGAGCUGCUGGUCAGGCCAGCUUUGGCCCUACUCAUCACGUUAUGCGGGGAGACUGGGGUCCUAAGGUGAUACGGCGAAGGAGUACUUCCCAUGACCGGUCAUACCAAGGACCUCCACCCCACCUUCAAGUUGCCCCUCGCAGUGCCUCACAGGAUCGCAUGAGCAGUGCAGAGAGGAUUAGUAAUGCAAGGAACUGGCCCCCUCGAAGCGUGUCCCAAGAUGGCCUAGUUCACAAAUCCCGGGCCCGAUCCACAGACUAUGUGGACCCUGCAGAGCUGGCCCGGCCCAGUGACAGGAGAGGGGGAUAUGGAAGGGCAGACCAAGGUACGAGGCUCAGUAGGCAAGCCAUUCCCAGGCAGGCCAUGGUCUACAGGCCUUCUGUGGGAUACAGUGGCGGUAUGAGGGGGCCCCCAGUCCCUUCUCUGUAUACUAAAGGACAUGAUUCUCUUCAAACUCGCUCUUCACCCAUGCUCUCUGACAGACCCUUACAUUUUGCAAAGAGUUCAAGUGUUGAACAUUCUUUCGCUGACCAAAGAGUUUCAGGCAAAGUUAGCCCUGCAGGCCAAGCUCUCCAGCAACUUCAAAGCAGGGUGCGGGCUGAAACCAUACAACCUGUUGAGGUAGGCAGAGAUGCAGCAUUGGUAGGACCCAGAUCUUCUUCAUGCUCUGCUCCCAAAGAGAUGCCCCAGAGGCCUAGCAUCCUCAAGCCACCUCACUCAGAUUCCCAGAGUCAAGUAAAUGGGCAAAGCCUCUCCGAGAGUAUCGUGGUUCUAAGGGAGAAGCCUCCAUCUGGAAAGAACCCCAGCCCCCUCCGGCAACCCUCCUACAUCCUGGCUGUCAAUGACGAUGGAGGUGACUCCACGGCCGAUGUGGUGGCGUGUUGGCUUCCUAACGAUGCACGUCGAGAGAUCCAAAUGCGCCUCCUUGGGGAACGGUGUAACACCUCCUGCUCCAGCAACCUGGACGAGUCUCUGGACUCCAUUCCAUUCAUCGAUGAGCCAGUCAGCCCCAGUGUUGACCGGGAAGCUGCUCCUAUUCCACCCUCUGCUGUUAUAUCUGUUGCGCCAUCCACAGCUCCCUCUGGUCAAGGCUCACCAUGUCCUCCCAUUCGACGCCAGCUGUCACAUGACCAAGGAGAUCUUCCAGUAAGCAUUUGCCCAGCUUCAGGGGGCUGAGAAAGGCUCUGGAUGGGCAUAAAUCAUCUGGGGAUUCUGGCUCUCGAAGGGACUCCUCUUCAGUGAUCUUCUCUGAUUCUUCCAGAGAAGGGUUGCUUAACUUUAGGCAGUUCAGUACAGAUAAAAAUAAGCGUGUUGGUGGGGGAAUGAGAUCAUGGAAGCAAAUGUAUGCUGUUUUACAAGGUCACACCCUGACCCUGUACAAAGACAGGAAAGAUGCACUGUCUCGCUCUUCAGGGCAAUCCGAGGAGGAACCACUGCGAAUUAGCAUCGAGGCCUGUCUGAUUGACAUCUCCUAUAGCGAUACAAGACGCAAGAAUGUGCUGCGACUAACCACCUCAGACUGCGAGUACUUGUUUCAGGCAGAAGGGAGAGAUGACAUGCUGUCUUGGAUCAAAGACAUUCAGAAAAACAGUAACCCAGAUGAAGAGAACGCAGCUGUGAGUCGGGACCUGAUCAGCCGAAGGAUCAAAGAAUACAACAUGAGUGCACCCAGCAGCAGGUCUGAACCUUCACCCAAGCCUGCCCGACAUUCGCUGAGCAUCAAAACGCCAUUCCUUGGAGGCAAAACAGAUGAUGAGUCCAGUCCACCACGGGACAGAGGUACUUGGAAAAUUGCCAUUCCAGGGAUCAUAAGGAAGCCAUUUGAGAAAAAGACUCCAGCUGGCAUCACUUUUGGUGUCCGACUUGAUGAUUGUCCAUCUGCACAAAGUAACGAGAAUGUUCCUCUCAUCGUGGAGGUGUGCUGCAAGGUUGUGGAGGAGCGAGGUCUGGAGUACACAGGAAUCUACAGGGUCCCUGGGAACAACGCUGCCAUCUCCAGCAUGCAGGAGGAGCUCAACAGCAAAGGCAUGAAUGACAUCGACAUCCAGGAAGACAAAUGGCGGGACCUUAACGUCAUCAGUAGUUUAUUGAAGUCCUUUUUCAGAAAACUUCCAGAACCUCUGUUUACAAAUGAAAAGUAUGCAGAUUUUAUAGAAGCCAGCAGAAUAGAAGACUCAGUGGAGAGAUUAAAGGAGCUCAAGAGGCUGAUCCGUGAGUUGCCAAUUCAUCACUAUGAAACUCUGAAAUUCCUUUGUGCUCACCUCAAAAGAGUUUCUGACAACUGUGAAAAGAACAAGAUGGAGCCUCGUAAUCUAGCUAUCGUGUUUGGCCCUACCCUGGUCAGAACCUCUGAGGACAACAUGACUAACAUGGUUAACCACAUGCCAGACCAGUGCAAGAUAGUCGAGAACCUUAUUCAGCAGUUUGACUGGUUCUUCGCUGAUGAUGGUGACGAGGACCCUGUUACCACAGCGGAGCAGGAAAGUACAGUGCAGUCUCAGCCUGUGCCCAAUAUCGACCACCUGCUCUCCAACAUUGGGCGGACUGCACCCUCUCCUGGCGAAGUCUCAGACUCAGCAUGUAGUGAAACCUCCAAAUCAAAGGGCUUGUGGGGAUCAGGGAAGGAUCAGUGUAGCAAAGAAUUGAUUCGCUCCUCCUUCUUCGUUAACCGCAAACGCAAGAAGCCCAAGGAAAAAGUUCAGCCUAGCAGUUCAGAUGAUGACCUGGACCCUGUGUUUACAAAGAAGGAGCUACCAAAGGAGAGCCAACAGCAUCCUCUGUGGUCCCCGCACAGUCGGACCGAAGAGGAGGAGGAGGAGGAGGAGGAGGAGGAGCAGCAGACAGAUGAAACCAGCGAGAAGGAGAAGGAAAAGAACAGUUCUGAGGAGCAGCUGGACAAAACCAACAGGAAAGAAUAUCUUUCUAACAGCUCAAUGUCACAGCCCUCUCCCUCCCUGCCUCCAAAACGCAUUUCCUCCAACCUUCAGACUGGAUCCCCCUACCCCUCUCCUACACAUUCCCCAGACCUCAGCUACCGCAUGCCGAUGGUUCACCAGUCCUCUCUCACGGACCCGCCAUCAAACUAUGAUGACACGGUGUCUGACCUCGGAACGAUGAACAGCACCAGCUCUCAAGCAUCAGUGCCCAGAAUGAGGCGUGGCAAGACGGUGGGUGCCCUGGGAGCAGAGAUGUGUCCCAGCGGGCUGGGAGCGGAGGUUUGCUCAAUUACCUCAGACUACUCCACCACAUCCUCCAUGACUUUCCUGACUGGAGCUGAGCUCAGCACCCUCAGUCCCGAAGUGCAGUCUGUGUCUGAGAGCAGGGGCGGAGAAGAUGCUGAUGAUGAGAGAAGCGAGCUCAUCAGCGAAGGAAGGGCAAUGGAGACGGACAGCGAGAGUGACCUGUCAGUGUUCACUGUGGGUAAAGCCGACCAGCGAGAACCGCAGGAAGUCCUUCGACCCCUCCCCUCACACAGACUCAUCGAAUGCGACACACUUUCAAGAAAGAAAGCCGCCCAACAGAAAACCAACAGCGAGUCUUCUCUGGACGGCGCUCGUAGCGAUAAAGAUUCCACUGGACCGUCACGCUCUUCGGGGUCAGUUAAGGGUCGUUCCACCGCAAGCCUCAGCACUGCGUCCCGGAGUGAGCUGGACAAAGGAGAGCCCACGUGGAAGUUGAAGAUCACAGACAGACUGAAGGUACGCAUGCGAAUGUCUGUGGAUGACAUGUUCGGUGUGGGCAGCCAGAGGAUUCAGACCUCAGAGGGCCGCAGUAAGAAGAAGAACAUCAGACGCAGACACACGAUGGGCGGGCAGAGAGACUUUGCCGAGCUGUCAGUCUUGGGAGACUGGCCGCAGCAGGUUCACAUCGGCUCACGGUCGGAGCUCUCAGCUGUGGACCGGCUGAAACCUAAGUGCAGCUCUCAGGACUUCUCAAUCGGUGACUGGAUCGCCCGCGAGCGCCACCGAUCCAGCAAUCCCGAGGUCAGUCUGGACUUCUCUGAACAGCAGAACCCCAGAGCCUCGUUCUCUUCUGAACCCCCACAUCAUCCUGCUGAGGCGCUGAAUGGGGACUUCCCCCAGAGCAAAAAUCUGAGCCUCUCGGCCACCGCUCACCCACAUAAACUCACCAGUUCCCAGGUGGUCCAUUCGCGCUUCUAUCAGUACCUGUGAGAGCUGUGUGCGUGUGGCUGUGUGUGUUUUUGGUCUGUCAGGUGUGUCUCUGUAUAUGGGAGUCUGUCAGUGUAGUGUCUAUUGUGUGACCAAUGUCUAGUGAAUGAGCAUGUUGUACAAAAAUGUGGUGUGUGUAUGCUUGUGAAAAGAGAAUUACUGCACACAGGAAUUGUUGAGCUUGCUCAUGUUUAAGGCAUGGAACAAAAUGUUAUCUUUUUUUUCCAUUUUGUUUUUGUUUGUUUUUUCUUUUUUUAUAUUAAAAAUGACUUUGGGAUGGCCCAAGAGGAGGAUUUCAACCCUCCUAGUACAAGUCCCAGAUGUGCUAACGAUCGAAAGGACCUGUUGCCCGUGAAACGAGUCUGAAGUACGUUCAAGGAAGUGUGAACACUCAAUUUAAGAUUGUUUAAAGGUUUAGCUAAGUGGCUUUAAGGAUGAACUGACUUAGGAUGAAUAGGAAGUAGUGGAAAAGUGCAGAUUUUUCGUAUUGCAGAGCAACUAUUUUUGCGUAAAGAAAGUUACAGUGUUCAAAGUCGGUGAGUCUGUCGGUAACCAAAUGAAGAAUGUACAGACAUGCUUGCUGUAAUACUGACUAAAAGCUUUAGAUGCUUGUGUUUCAUUCUAAAGUGUACAUAUCCGUACAUAUCCCUAUUUUUCUGUGUACUUGAAUUGUGUUUUUUGGUACUGUGUGUGUGUGUGUGUGUGUGUGUGUGUGUGUGUGUGUGUGAGUGUGUGUGUGUGUGUGUGUGUGUGUGUGUGUGUGUGUGUGUGUCUGCCUGCCUACAAGCCGUCUGCUGUCAAAGGGGCCUUUCCAAAGGUACAAAGGUGACAAGGAGACACUGGUCUUAUGCAAAUGGAAAAUAUAGUUCAUACUCAUCCCUGCUGUGUGGUUUAAAGAGCAGUGAACAACAGCCCUCUGAUGCAAGCUAUGUUUUAGUGUUCGGAGUUCACACGUCUGUCCGCGAUUGCAACGAAGAGAGAGUUGGGCAAAGAAGAAAAUGGGUAAUCGAACCAGAAAAAUCAAGUUUUCUUCACUAAAGAAAGUGCCUCACAAUGAAAUGUUAAGGGUGCCAUAUUGUCUUUGUUGAGAUACACGAAGAUGUUACUGUGAAUGACAUUUUUACUGUUGACUCUCAGUCAUUCUACAGGUUAAGAAAAUGCCGAGCUUCCAUUCCUUAGGCAUUCCACUCUGGUCUUAAUGUUUUAUACAUACUUUAUCCUGUUUUUUUCAUUUGUUGUUUUUUGUUUUUUUAAUUUUAACAGAACUUGAAUUUUAAAUAUUCAUUGUAAAAUAAGUAACUUAAAUGUACAUAUAAAUGCCAUGUUUUAGCUGCUUUAUUUUUCAUUUCCAUCAGAUUGCAAGUUUAAGUACAGUAUUGAGAAAUGACAACGAUGGCGAUGAUGAGGAUGAUUAUCUCGAGGCCUGUGUGGGUGUUGUGGGCAGUUUGGUACUUCUCUGUGAUGAGAGGUUCCCUGCAGGAGGAGGGCACUUCAUUGAGCUGGAUUGUUUGUAUCAGUGCAGUGUUCCUCUUGAUUGUAAGGGGGUGUGCACAGACUCCUGAAACACUGGAAAUAAAAUUUUGUCAAUGGCAAA